GCGAAAAUCCCGUUCGUAUUCAGUAACUUAAAGUUAUAGACGUGUUAGCAUGUUCGCAAUUGCUUUCGCAGUGGUUUUGUGCCUUUUGGUCUCGGUGGAAGCCAAAUUCCCCGAAGAUCCUAAACCUUGUAAGUACGGCGAUGGCGAAUGCAUCAUGAAGCUGUGCAACACCCUGUUCAGCGAAAACUCGGCGGAGGGGGAUCCUGGUCUGAACCUGAUGCAGCUGGAUCCGUUGAAGGUGGACCGGAUGGUCAUUAGCCAGGGCGAGAGCUCCAGUCCCGUGGGCAUAACGCUAACCUUCACCGACAAUCUGCUGUAUGGGAUCAAGGACCAAAGGAUCGUGAAAGUGAAGGGUUUCGGAAGGGAUCUCACCGCCAAGCACGAAGUGAAAAUUGUCACGAAAACUUUCUCACUCGUUGGACCAUAUAACAUCCAGGGCAAGGUACUGAUUCUACCGAUCAGCGGAACUGGCCAGAGUAACAUGACUAUGGUUAACGUCAGGGCAAUCGUCAGCUUCUCGGGCAAGCCGCUGGUGAAGAAUGGGGAGACCUACCUGGACGUCACCGAUCUGAAAAUAACGAUGAAGCCGGAGUCCAGCCACUACCAUUUCAGUAAUCUCUUCAAUGGGGACAAGGCGCUGGGCGACAACAUGAAUGUCUUCCUCAACGAAAACUCGGAGGCCAUUUACAAGGAGACGGCCAAAGCAAUCGAUCGAUCCUUUGGCAAACUUUACCUGGGCGUCGUCAAAGGUGUGUUCUCCAAACUGCCGUAUGCCAAGUUUUUCGCCGAUGAAUCAUGAGUCAACUCUUCAAAGUGGGCAUAGUCCACAUAAAGAUACUAAAUCAAGUUGUUAGCGUACUGACAGAUCUAAGUUUUGAGGCUAGCAAUCAUCAUUAGGUUUAAUUCGCGUUUGAAACUGAGAACACAAGUAACUACUAUUAAACCAUCCCAGCUUAAUAAUCUGUAAGUGUUGUGUGGCAAUAAAGUUAUAUAUAGUUAACACAUGGUAAAAA